AUGCAAUGUCGCGGGGCCUUAAAGGCGCCGACCGCACGCGCCGCCGAUGGCGCAGGCGCGUUGCCGGGCCUCCAGCUCUGACUCCAGCGCUACACUGAGUCCGAGCAGGCGGACGCGCGGAGGAGUGGACGGCGGGGACGCGCGCGGGAUUCGGGCGGGCGGGCCGGGUGGCUGCGGAGGAGAGGGAGGCGCGAUGGCCGAGGGCAGCGCUGUGUCCGACCCUCAGCACGCUGCGCGCCUGCUGCGGGCGCUCAGCUCGUUCCGGGAGGAGGCGCGCUUCUGCGACGCUCACCUGGUCCUCGACGGCGAGGAGAUCCCGGUGCAGAAGAACAUCCUGGCGGCGGCCAGCCCGUACAUCAGGACAAAGUUAAACUAUAAUCCUCCAAAAGAUGACGGAUCCACUUAUAAGAUUGAACUUGAAGGGAUAUCGGUAAUGGUUAUGAGAGAGAUCCUGGAUUACAUCUUCAGUGGGCAGAUCAGGCUAAAUGAAGAUACGAUCCAGGACGUUGUCCAGGCAGCCGACCUGCUGCUGCUGACGGACCUGAAAACCUUGUGCUGUGAGUUCUUGGAGGGCUGCAUUGCCGCAGAGAACUGCAUCGGCAUCCGCGACUUUGCACUGCACUAUUGCCUGCACCACGUGCACUACCUGGCCACGGAGUACCUGGAGACCCACUUCCGAGACGUCAGCAACACAGAGGAGUUCCUGGAGCUGAGUCCGCAGAAGCUCAAAGAAGUGAUCUCCCUUGAGAAGCUGAACGUUGGCAAUGAAAGAUACGUGUUCGAGGCAGUGAUUCGGUGGAUAGCACAUGACACAGAGAUGAGAAAGGUCCACAUGAAGGAUGUCAUGUCAGCACUGUGGGUUUCGGGGCUGGACUCCAGCUACCUGCGGGAGCAGAUGCUGAAUGAGCCCUUGGUACGAGAGAUCGUCAAAGAGUGCAGCAACAUCCCUCUGAGCCAGCCGCAGCAGGGGGAGGCCAUGCUUGCCAGCUUCAAGCCCAGAGGCUACUCAGAGUGCAUAGUGACCAUUGGAGGGGAGGAGAGAGUUUCACGGAAACCCACGGCCGCUAUGCGAUGUAUGUGCCCUCUCUACGACCCUAAUCGGCAGCUGUGGAUCGAGCUGGCUCCUCUGAGCAUGCCAAGAAUUAACCAUGGCGUGCUUUCAGCAGAAGGGUUUUUGUUUGUGUUGGGGGGCCAAGAUGAAAAUAAGCAGACGCUGAGCUCGGGAGAGAAGUAUGACCCAGACGCCAACACGUGGACUGCUCUUCCACCCAUGAAUGAGGCAAGACACAACUUUGGGAUCGUGGAGAUAGAUGGGAUGCUGUACAUUCUCGGAGGGGAGGAUGGUGACCGGGAGUUGAUUUCCAUGGAGUGUUAUGAUAUUUAUUCAAAAACCUGGACGAAGCAACCCGACUUGACCAUGGUUAGAAAGAUUGGCUGCUAUGCAGCUAUGAAAAAGAAAAUCUAUGCCAUGGGUGGAGGAUCAUAUGGAAAACUGUUUGAGUCUGUGGAGUGUUACGAUCCGCGGACCCAGCAGUGGACUGCCAUUUGUCCACUGAAGGAGAGGAGGUUUGGAGCAGUGGCCUGCGGGGUUGCCAUGGAGCUGUACGUAUUUGGAGGAGUCAGAAGUCGAGAGGACAUCCAGGGCAGCGAGAUGGUCACCUGCAAGUCUGAGUUCUAUCAUGAUGAGUUCAAGAGGUGGAUCUAUCUUAACGAUCAGAACCUGUGCAUCCCUGCCAGUUCAUCCUUCGUCUAUGGAGCUGUCCCCAUAGGAGCCAGUAUUUAUGUUAUCGGAGACCUUGACACAGGUACCAACUAUGACUAUGUGCGUGAGUUUAAGAGAAGCACGGGUACCUGGCACCACACGAAGCCGCUCCUGCCAUCCGACCUCCGACGCACAGGCUGCGCGGCUCUGCGCAUAGCCAACUGCAAGCUCUUCCGCCUGCAGCUGCAGCAAGGCUUGUUCCGCAUCCGGGUCCAUUCCCCUUGAAGAGGAAGAGGAGCCAAAAGCGAGAUCCUGCCCCAAGCGCAUCACAUGGCUGGACGUCAGCAAGUGCCGAGAAGCAGCUCCAUCUUGCUGUGUGCUGGGUUUCAGUAUGGUUACUCUUCGGUGGUUUUUUAAUGCUUAGAAGCUUGGGCUUCUGCUCUUGUCUGGAGACCAUGUAACUGUUGAAAAACUACCCGGGAGGAACAGUUCCUCCAGCCUGAUGCAUUGGUAAACCGUGGAGGCUAGUGAGUGUCAAGAGGAGGGAGUGGGGGGUUGGUGUCAUGGGAAAUAUCAAAGUUAAAGCCCUAAGGUGCAUUUUCCCAGAAGGGAACUCUUACUAACUGUGUCCUAGUGUGUGUGCUGUGGUAAACAAACAACAGAAUCCAUAUAUGCAAACCAGUAUACCCAGCAGACAAGGUUGUCCUUGUACUGUGUGGAGGGGUAGAAUGCCUGUCCCCACUCAGUAAACUGAGGCUCGUGCCAGUUAGUUCCCAUUCAUUACUAGUGCUGUCUAAAGACUCUUGAAGAACUAUAUUCUGAUGAACUGAAACUGAGAUAAAACUCCUCUCUGGCCACAGUCUGUCUUAGUAAAGAUUCAGUCACCCGAGGAGCUCAAGUCUGCAGCCCUGAUGUGAGCUUAAAGGAAUGCUGACCGUAAAAGUCCCUGCGACAUGAGAGAGUUCCAGGCGGGCACUGUCAGCUCGGGAGGGAGCUUGCACCAUUCUUCCUUUCCACCUGGAAAAGCAAAACCAUUUUCUAUACUCCAGGCUGUUAGCGCAGAGGAGAUUGUAGAGUUGGGCAAAUGAUAGAAAUCUGCUGCAACUAAAAAUAAUGGAACACUUUAAAAAAAAACAAGCUGUCCAGAUAAUGUACAUAGGGAUCAAAAACUUCAUAUACUCUGUCUGAAAGCACACUGAGUCCUGUUUACUGCUGCUUAGAACUUACAGACUUGUCUUCGAAUGCAGGUGUGUUUAGAAUCUUGUCUUUGUGACAGGCUGCUCCCACUGGUAGGAGUUUUAGAUGAAUUUCACUCCCAGUAAUGUUUGGCUGGUAGAAUAAACUACCUCAACUUAAUUUCA